AUGCAUUCCAAUCGCUUGAUCAGCUGCCUCGGAAUUUGGUUAAUAUCUAUCAUAGCUGUGGUGCAAUGUUUUACUAACUACAAUUGUGGAAAUGGUGUGGAGAUAACAGCAACGGAGGCUCUAAGAGUCCACGGCCAGGCGAUGUCGUAUUUGGCUGAUGUUGCUGCAAAUAUCAGGCCCGCAAUUAAAGUUCCAUACAGAGGGACUAUAAAGAACCUACCUACACCCACUUAUUUUUGGCACAUAAAAUCCUUAGCGAACCAUCAGGGUGAGGUGGUAGUAAAUUACUUUAUGUUGACUUCAUCAACCGGCGAAUUCUUGAUGAUAAUAAGCACUGGCUGGAUGAAGGAGAUUGGCGAAGAUGACACCUGGUGUCCCGGGACGUAA